AUGCCCGACGACCAACCUCAGCAGCAGUCCACAGAUGGACCUCCUGCUUCUCCAAAGGUCGAUGAAUUUGGCCUCCCUAUCCGACCUACCAGGACAAGGACUUAUGACGAAGAGGACGACUCAGACCAGGAAGCUCCUUCCUCAACCACUGCAGCCCCCAAUGCGACUCAAUUAGCCUCUUCAAACGGCACAUCUGAGGCCCAAGAUGCUACCCCUUCAACCGAUGCGACAAUAACGAAACCAGUUUCCAUUGAGCACCAUGACCUUGCACACGACACGCCCUCUGAUGCGGACCCUACCGUCCAUACAACAACAACAACCGAGCCUGCUGCCCCAGCGAUCGAUCCCGUCAUCCCUGAUCAAGCCCAGCAAGCCGUCAUUGUCGCCAAUUCCGACUCGCUCACACAACCCCUCGCCGGCGCUUCCGAAUGGUCACAUCAGGCCGUGACCGCUGCUCCUGCCCAAGAGAGACAACCCGAAGAGAGUGAGCUGGAAUGGCAGGAUAUGCCAGCUUUUGCUACCCAUACCAUAUACGAUGACUGGGGCAAAGUCAUUGCGCGCGAGGUCGCCGAACUCGAGGACGAGGACUAUGCAUACGGGAAUGCUGCAGCAAAGGGCUAUACAAGAGUCCAGCUUGACGAUGACGUUCAAUCUGCCACCAGUCUAGACGAAGACACCGCAUACCUCUUCAAGCCCGAUGCUGGUGCCAAUACAUUGGACGAAGACGACAGCCGCGAUGUCGUUUCACAGAUGCAAGCUACAAAAGACCUCUUGACUGAAGGACAACGCAUUGCAUAUGUCGGACUCGUACGUGUCUCCAUGUUUCAAAUGACCAAGUAUCUCGAAGGACUCGACAAGACCCGCUCCACAAAGAAACAACUCGACAUCGCCAUAGAAUCCAUGCAGAUGUGGGCCCAGAAGAUUAUGGUUCGACUUUACAGUCACAUGGAUCUGGACGCUGCUGAACAGAUCAUGAUUGAGCAGUUGGCUGAACACGGCGUCGAACCAGCAGAUCUCACGACUCCCCUAAUGCAAAACGCCAGAGUCAAGAAUCCCUCAAAGACCAAGGAGGACACUCCCGCACCAUCAAAUCUCUCCGACUCCCAAUCACUAAAAUCCCCUCCACUCAGCGGCCCCUCUACUCCUUCAAUACCUCCACCAUACGAGCAAGAAGUGCCGCCAGAUUAUUCUGUCAAAGAUCCAUCACAAUUGCCCGAUACAAAGAACAUCGACAUUGACAUUCGAUGGACUGUUCUUUGCGACCUGUUUUUGGUUUUGUUAGCCGAUAGUGUUUAUGAUGGCCGCUCAAGGGCUCUCCUAGAAUUGGUCGGAAGUGCUCUGUCGGUAGACUGGCUUGAGAUUUGUCGGUUCGAGAAACGAAUCACAGAUGCUCUGGAAAUGCAGCAAGAAGCCGACAAGGAAAAUUGGAACGAGGAAGAACACACCGACAAACGUCAAAAGAUGGCACGGAAUAGGAGACUUGUCAUGAUGGGCCUGGCUACCGUGGGUGGUGGUCUUGUCAUUGGUUUGAGUGCCGGUCUCCUCGCUCCUGUCAUCGGUGCUGGCCUUGCUGCUGGCUUCACGACCAUUGGUGUUGCUGGAACAAGUACUUUCCUCGGAGGUGUUGGUGGCGCGGCUCUGAUCACGUCCAUUGGAGUCACAACUGGAGGCACUAUUGCAGUUCGUGCAAGCAAUCGACGAACAGGCCCGGUCAAAACUUUCGAAUAUCGACCAUUACACAACAACAAACGCGUGAACCUCAUCGUCACUGUAGCUGGUUGGAUGACUGGUAAGGUUGAUGAUGUUCGUCUGCCUUUUAGUACGGUCAAUCCUAUCAUGGGCGACAUUUACAGUGUACACUGGGAGCCAGAAAUGCUGCAGAGCAUGGGUCAGACCAUCAACAUCCUUGCGACUGAGGCUCUCACCCAAGGACUUCAACAAAUUCUUGGCAGCACACUGCUCACUGCUCUCAUGUCUGCCAUGUCACUACCACUCGUGCUUACGAAGUUAUCAUACCUCAUCGACAACCCAUGGAGUGUAUCGAUGGCUCGUGCGGACAUGGCUGGUCUUAUUCUCGCCGAUUCUCUGAUCGAUCGCAAUCUUGGUGUACGACCAGUCACACUUGUAGGGUUCUCUUUAGGUUCACGUGUCAUCUAUGCCUGCCUCAAAGAGCUCGCCAACCGCGGAGCGUACGGUAUUGUGCAGAAUGUCUACCUUUUCGGCAGUCCAGUAGUCUUCAAGAGAGAUGAAUACAUCAAAGCAAAGUCGGUUGUUGCUGGCAGAUUUGUCAACGGCUACGCUACGAAUGAUUGGAUUUUGGGCUACUUGUUCCGUGCCACAGCAGGAGGUAUUAUGCGAGUCGCUGGACUUGCUUCAGUUGACAUACCUGGUGUCGAAAAUUACAAUGUUACGGAGAUUGUCGCAGGUCACAUGGCAUACCGUAAAGCCAUGCCGAAGCUUUUGAAAGAAGUGGGUUGGACGGUUGACAGUGAAGAGUUCACUGAAAUCGAAGAUCCAGAUCCGGAUAACCAUGAAAAAAGACAACGAGAACUUAUCAACGAAAUCGAAGAGGCCAGGAAGGCGCUCGAGAAGAAACCCGAAAAGAAAGGAUUCAAAGCACUUUUCAGUCGAAACAAGAAGAAUGCUGAGAAGAAGGAAUGGGAGACAUAUGACGAGAAGAUCAAGGCAGGACCGGCGGACGAGUCUGCUGGUGGUUCCAACGAGGGGACACUUUUCGAUAUCGAUGCUCUUCAGCACGAGGUCGCUGCACUCGCAGCCCAAGGUGUCGAGAUCAAAGAGAUUAAGGGCACACUUCCUCCGAUGAGAAUCGACACCACAGCUAACUCUACCAACGGCGAGGGGUUGAAGAGUCCACCUCCAGGUCUUAGGCAGACCAAGAGCUUCAGUGGCUUUUCCGAUGGUGCUCGAGAUUCAUCGAGUAGUAUCAACCAAGCCAACGGACUCAACAAAAACCAGCACUACGAUUACGACGAAUUCGGGUACAAUGCUCACAACGACUCCCAGAUAUCAAUGACUUUCGAGAGUCCCGAGCGACCUCGACCAACAUUUGGCGACCGUCAAACCUCGAUGCACGGAUCGCCUGUGGCAUCACCGACAAUGUCGCAAUUCCCGAUCAGGCCUGCAUUGCAGUCAUCAAACACAAUGCCUGUUUCUAAUCGAUCAGUAUCCAACAACACGCCCAUGUCUUACGAGCGAAAUGCGUGGGCAGAUGAUGACGAUGACUUUGGGAAGGAGAAGGAGAUGUCGAUGACGUUUGAGUAG